AAACUCUUGCUCUCCUUUCUUCUACUCACUCUGUCCUUUAUACCACCCAAAUAAACAUGAAUCGAGAUAAUAAUGAAAAGGACGACUCCGUGAAGCACUCUCAACCAAUUCCGAUGGCUACUCAUCACUGGAGGCACCGCUCCAUGUCCGUUUCCUCCGAAUCAUCCACUUUACCUGGCUCACCUCCCCAGCUACACACUCCAUUGAGUCUAAAUUCUCCCCAUGUUCCGGUUGCCUCCCCAUCCAGUUCUCCCAUCCUUUCCUUUCUGUCUCAGUCUCCAACCUCAAAAUCCCCAUCUUCGGUUCCUUACCGCGGCUUUGGUGGUCAACCUUCGUUUGAUGACGACGCCCUCGACGAACUUCCAGCAUCGGUUCAUUCCCGUUGGGCUGGUACAUCUGGGCGGUUUGCGCCCGCUCCACCUGCCCCUGAAGCCCAGACCGACCGUGGAGCUGGGUUGUUAAGGCGUCUAUCACUCGGAAGCGCACUUGCAAAGCCUCCGAACAUGGAUAAUACGAACUCUCGAAGUCCCACAAUUCCUACUGCUCCACCUAACUCCGCAGUCUCCCCUGCCACAACAACUUUACCCUCAUUUCCUGUUCGCAAGGCAAGGCGCUCGGCAACGGUGAGCAUUGACACUGGACGCCGGCAUCGCGCGCCUUCUCCCAUGGGCGAGAGGAUCCUCAAGGGUCAUUUCGACGGCUUCAAUUAACAGGCAUUAUGCCCACCAUCCCUUCGUCUUAUCACAUACCCCUUGGGCUCUCGCGCGAACACUUUUCUCAAACUGUACCACCAAUAAUGGCCUUGAUUGGAGUUUCAACAAGUUCUCGGUUAUGUCAACAAGCAGCUGCCGCUUCACCAACCCUAAUGCGCUCUUCUAUAUCUAUCGGUUGGCUCAUAUCACUCUGUUACUCCCAACUUGUAUCGCCACUGUCACUUGCCACAUUUACAUUGCAUUAAGGCGUCCCAUUUGGUGAGCACCGCAGUUCGAGGUAGCGAGGUCAGUAGUUGAUUCGUGCGAUUAGAUCACCAUAUACACCAACACUUUUGCGUCUCGUCUCUCUCUGUUCUUUACUGCACCACUUGUAAUUCGUAUCGCCUCUAUAUUCGCUUAGUGCAGCUUCGUUUUCUACUGUAUAUGUACUACCACAAC